UAUAUUUGAAAAUCCGACAACACAUGAAAUUGAAAUGGAUAUAACACCUAAAUCAAAUAAACAACAAAGUUUAAUAAAAACUAAAAUAGAAUCCGUUCAUUCCAUUGAUGAAAAUUCAACAGGUGCUGAUCUGUAUGAACCAGGUGAUAUUGUUUGGUCAAAAUUAGGUAGUUUUCCAUGGUGGCCAGCUCUUAUCUAUCGAUGUCAUGCUGAAGGUGGAAUAUAUACAAAAACAUCAAAUUCAAAUAAUAAAACAAAACGACAAUUUUUUGUUUAUUUCUAUGGAAAAUAUCUUGAAUAUGCAUGGUUAUCAACUCGUUCAUUAUUAAAAUAUGCUGGCUUAAAUACUUUUAUUCAAAAUGCUGAAACAGCCGUUCGACAAGCUUCAACAAAAUCAGAAAAAUUAGAAUUAGCUAAUCGAUAUCAAUUAAAAGUUUCAAUGAAAAAACGUGUACAAUGGGAUGAAGCUAUCGAAUUAGCAGAUCAGGCAUUAACAAUGACAAAAGAUGGACGUAUUAAACAAUUUAGUGAUUUAUUAAAUGGUGCACAAGUUAAUAUAAAAAAAUCAAAGAAUAGUGCAUAUCGUCGAAAAGCUUCUAUUGAUAAAAAUGAUGAUUUAGAAACAAUAUCAAAUAAACGUCCUAAUCGAAUACUUUCAGUAUCAUCACUUUCUUCGGAAUUACCUGAUGGAACAAAUACUAUAGAAAAAUUUUCUCAACCAUCAAUUCAAAUUCAAAAUGAAACAAUACAAUCGGAUGAUAAUAAUAAAAAGGAAGAUGAACAACCAAUAAAGAAGAAACGAGGUCGAAAACCAAAAUCUGCUUUGAAAAUAAACGAACAAGAUAAGAAUAUAUCAAAUUUAUCAACAUCAAAUAACAAUAUUACUUAUUCAAUAAGAACAAAAUUAAAUCAAUCAGUAUUACCCGCUUCAAAUGAAAAUAAAAUUUCAUCAUCAUUUAUGCAUACUAAUAAACAAACAAAAAGAAUAAAUAAUGAUAAUGAAAUAGAAUAUGAAUAUAUACCAUCAUCUAAUGAUCAACAAAUAUCAUCUUCAUUUAUUCAUUUAACUCAUGCAAAUAUUCCACCAUUAUCAAAUUAUGAACAAAAACAAAUUGUUGAAGGUCUUCUUAAUCAUAAUAAAGAAAAAACUUUAACAUUAGAUGAAGCUCGACUAUUUGCUAUUAAUAAAGCUAUUGAAAUAGUCUAUGAAAAUCAUAAUUAUCGAAUGGAUAAUAUACCAUCGGAAUGGUUUUAUGAUUCUAUUCUAUUAAAAUAUCCUUCUAUUGUAUUUAAAUAUCGUUCAUGGUUUGAUCAUGUCAAACCAGAUAUUAUUCCCGAUGGUAUUGAUAUGAUUAAAUUAAAACAAUGGCAAAUAGCUCUUAUGAUUCAAG